AUGGCCGACAGCGUGGAGUACCAAUCGCGCCGCGCGCGCUCGUCGACCCUCCGGUCGAGCCAGCGCAGCGUGCGCAUCGACCCGCCCAUGGAGCACAUCGAGCCCACGCCCUCGGUGCCCUCGAUCCACCUCCCGCCGUCGAGCAGCGGCACCGCCGUCACUGACCAGGAGAAAAUCGACAUGGAGUCAAAGCCGCUCGAGGCGACUUUCUCCCCCGAUCCCCAGGUGGCUCCCGCCAUGCGCAAGUUCCGCCAGAAGCGCACCAAGUCCAUUGAUCUGGACGACUACUUCGAAGGACCGCGCUCCAUCGACAAGCACUCGAAAUGGCCCAUGUUCCUACGCAUGCACGGAAGCAUCUUCCCGGAGCUUGUGUUUCCUGUCAUCAGUUGCGGUUUGUGGGCGACGUUAAUUACUUGCGUUUCCCAAUUCGUCUUCCCGCUCGGUGUCUCCAACAUCCUCCUGACUGUCCUCGGUUUCGUCGUCUCGCUCGCCAUCUCGCUCCGCAGCACCACCGCUUACGAACGCUACUCUGAGGGCCGCAAGUACUGGGCCCAGCUCAUGCUCAUCUCUCAGGGUCUCGCUCGUGAGAUCUGGGUCUCUGCCCACGAGCGUGAAGGCGAGGAGGGCAAGGAGGAUGUGCUUGGCAAGCUGACCGGCCUGAACCUUAUCGUGGCCUUCGCCAACGCUCUCAAGCACAAGCUGCGUUUCGAGCCCUAUGUCCACUACGAGGACCUCCACGGCUUGGUCCAGCACCUCGAUACGUACGCCAAGGAAGCCGAAGAUCCCAACCUUCUGUCUCCGCCCAGGAAAUCGGCCUGGAAGACGGCUGGUGAAUACCUGGGUAUGCCCAUGGCCGAGUCGAACCCUCGCAAGCAGCUCAAGCGCGCCACGAAGCCGCUUGGCAACUUGCCCCUCGAGAUUCUCAACCACCUCAGUCGGUACAUCGAUACUCUGACUGAGGCCCCCGAGGGCCAGGAGCCGAAGCUCAAGGGCUACCACCAGGUCCAAGCCAGUAUGUUGACCCCCCAGCUGGACAUCAGCAUCCGAAAUGAACAGAAGCUGACCCCAUCCCAAGCCCAAGCCAUCUACCAGCUCAACGAUGUCCUUGCCGGUACCGAACGUGUUCUCAACACUCCCCUGCCCAUCGCAUACACGAUUGCCAUCUCGCAAAUCGCAUGGCUCUACGUCCUGCUGCUGCCCUUCCAGUUGUGGCCCCAGCUCAAGUGGAUCACCAUUCCUGGUACCAUCGCCGCCGCAUACAUCAUCCUGGGCUUCGAGGCCAUCGGCCGCGAGAUCGAGAACCCGUUCGGCAACGACGUCAACGACCUGCCGCUUGACGACUACUGCAACCAGCUGGCCGCCGAGAUUGACAUCAUCGCCUCGACGCCCGCGCCCAACCCGGAGCAGUUCAUCAAGCGCCAGGACAACCUCGUGCUCUUCCCCUUCAGCCCUAACGGCUACAGCGCCUGGGCCUGCCGUUCCGUCGGAUCGAUCCGUGAGCGUCUCCGCUCGCGUCCGUUCCAGACGGUGCAGGAAGCCCAGGAUGCGCGGAAGAGCAUGCACGAGUCGCGGCAAAAGAAGAAGCAGGAGGUGUAG